ACACGCGCCUCGAUCACCAUUCGCAGCCGUCGGAGUCGGAUCGAUCGGACAAUAGCGAGGAAAUUAAGCCGCUUUGUUUGCACAGCGAUUGGAUGGGACAAAAGGACCCUCGACGACAAGUUGGUCCCCUAUAGAUCACCUGUUGACACACGUACAAAGCGGUGGCCUCUUAAACUAGACGAGAUGUGGCCCUCAUCAACCCCGGAUGAGUAGUCACGUCUCGAAUCGAUGGAUCGAUGGUGAGCCAUUCAUCACGAUCGCCAGAGUCGUCUCUAAUGCAACUAAAAGUAAGCAAAACAAAAAGGUACAAGCUAAAAAAAAAAAAACCAACCGAGUCCAGGUAAACCUGCUGCAGUCCGGCCAGAACUCUUGAUCGGUCAUUCGAAAAGCGGCUUAAGCGAUGACGGAUCAACUGCUGAGCUCCACGGCCGGCGUACCGGGUGAUCCACCGCCAGUUUUGGUGCCCGUAUCAGCCACCACCGGUGGACCCUAUUUGAGCGGUGGAUCCGAGGGCGAGGCGGAAUCAUCGGAACAGCCCGUUCUUCUAGAGCUCGGUGCCCCUCAAUCGUCCAGUUGUCCGGCAGUUAGUCUCAACUACACCCUAACCGCGGAUGGAGCAGGCUUGCUGGCAUAUGCGCCAACUCAUCCGCAUAGCUACUCACCCAGCGUGAUGGGUGGCUACGAGAAGGAAGCGCACAAUAUGGGUCUGUUGCCACCCACAUAUAGCGUUAUACCUCAGCCGGUGUCGAUGUGGCAUGCUGGCCAGGUGGCCACCGGUUCGCCAGUGGGCUUGGAAUGCAACAAACCCAGUGAGCUGGUACCUCCGCCCAUGUAUAUGAGCUAUAGCGGCGGUAGUAUAGCCAAUAGCACUGAGGUGGACAUCGCCAAAGAGCACAAUCCCGCCUGGCGGGAGAAGGCGCUGCAAAUGGAGAAGGACUAUAGACGCACCGCCUGCGAUCGGGAAAGAACCAGGAUGCGGGACAUGAACCGAGCCUUUGACUUACUGCGCUCCAAGCUACCCAUAUCCAAGCCAAAUGGGAAAAAGUACUCCAAAAUCGAGAGUUUGAGGAUUGCCAUCAACUACAUUAAUCACCUGCAGGCCAUGCUGCGGGAGAGCUCCGUGGGUCAAAAUGGCAAUGGAUGCUGUGCCUGGAGCGGCGGAAGUAGUUCACCUUAUGAUAAUGGCAACGAUCAUUGGGGAGCGUAACUUGAAUUAACGAAUAUCAAAGGGAAUUCAUUUAAAUAUUCAAUUUAAAACUUGUGUUAUAUUAUAUCCGCAAUUUGCCAAAGUCAUUCCAUGAACCUAUAAAAGUUAAGGUCCAUACUUUACGAUUUUGAGAAGAAAAAAAUUGAAAUAGCUUUCAUUUUAUAUUAGUUUAUCAUGUUAACCUUUUUAUAAGUGCAAUAAUUAAAUAAAUUAUCAAGAAU